CCGCCUAGUUUGUUUGAUUUUCUGAAGCGUGUAUGCAUGUUAUGAAAACUGUUAGUAACAUUUAAAAAAUAUUAAGAACAUUUUUUGUGAAUAAAUAAAUAUACGUAUUUGAUUGUAUAACGUCUGGGUUUCCGUUUUAAAUAGGAUUGAAGUAUUGAUCCCAUAUUGAGAAAAACCAAAGCAUCAUAAAUAAUUCAAUACAGAAAACAUGUCUUUUGAAUUGUGGACAGAGCUACUUGUUACUUUGCGAAACCAACUAAAACCCUAUGGAUUCUCUGGACAUUUAUUAGAAGUUUUAGAGCCUAAAAAAAGGCACUUGGAAAAUAUUUUAAAGCGGACUGCUUUAAUGAGUGAAAGUACUUCUGUGCUUAUCUUGGGUGGUGUUGGUAGUGGUAAAUCAGCACUAUUAGAGAGUGCUUUAGAAACUGUAUUUCAGAACCCCCAAGUUAAAGAAAAUAUGCUGCAUAUUGCAUUAGAUGGCUUAGUUCAUACAACUGAUGAUUUGGCACUUGAAGACAUUUCUAGGCAGUUAAAGUCGCAAGAACUUGAAAAUAUAUCUGCAGAAAGCUUUUCAGAAAAACUGAGGUUCCUGCUGUCAACUUUGAAGAGCGGUACUAAAGAAAGUAAAUCGGUGCUUUUCGUCUUGGAUAAUUUUGAACUUUUCUGUUCUCAUAAAAACCAAAAUCUUCUGUACAAUCUUUUUGAUAUUGCUCAGUUACAGCAAACUCCAGUUUGCAUUAUAGGUAUGUGUACUCGUCCCGACUUGCUUCAGGUAUUGGAAAAUAGAGUGAAUUCCAGAUUUUCACACCAAAAAAUUCUUCUUUAUGAUGACAUAACUCUUGAUGAAUACAUAAAUUGUGCUCAAGAUUUUUUGUGUUUGGAUAAUUUUAAAGACGCCAGGCUCCAAAAGCGUUGGAAUGCAGAUAUAAAGAGCUUGUUAAAAGAAACUGCUGUGAAAAAUGUUUUGAAAAACUUGUUUAACUGCAGCCAAAAUCUGAGAGAUUUAAAGCUACUCUUGCAUCUAGUGACAAUGAAUAUAGAGGAAUCUCGCCUAAAACUUACAGUGAAAGAUUUUGAAGAUGCAUACGAACAUUAUUCUUCAUCAGACAGCAAAGCAGCUGUGAUGCAAGGUUUAUCUAUUCUUGAAGUAGCCUUAAUCAUUGCAAUGAUGCAUUUAACUGAAAUAUAUGAUAAUGAACCUUUCAACUUUGAGAUUGUAUUCAAUGAACUGGGAAGGUUUCUCCGUAAUAAAAUGAGAUGUAAUGUUGAAAAACCUGUGGUUAUGAAAGCUUUUGAGCAUCUUUUGGAUUUAGAACUUAUUAAAAGUAGUAGUGAUUCUGUUUCUAAUGUAAUGAAGAGGUACAUGCUGGUUAGGCUUUCUGUAACUCCAGAUGAAGUGAGAGAAGCUGUUGAAAAUAAUCAAAUUUUACCAGUGAUGCUUAAACAGUGGGCAAAAUCUUCUAUUGAUGGUUAAGGCUCUGUUUUAAAUACAUUAUUAUAUUCUGAUGUAUUGUUUUGAUAAUUCAAGUGUAAAUUUGAAAUAAUAUAAAUUUUUAUCCAGAAAUAUACUUAAAAAUUUAUUUUCUUAUUUCAAACGGAUCUGAUUAAGUAAUGCUUUAAUUUGAUUAGAAAUGAUCUCUGAAAUUAGUGAUUAGUUUAUACAGAAAUUUUUUAAAUUUUUAGAUGCAGUUUCUUCUGUUUGGAUGAAUCUGCAUUUUAUUUACAAGGAGCUAUAAUGUAAAGCAACUUAGAAGAUGUAAGCAGGAUUUAUAGUUCUCAUUGAUUGCAUUACAUAUUCAUAAUAGAAAAGUUCCGAGUUGAUUUUCUACAGAAAUACCGAAUAUAUGAAAAUAUUUUGUAUAUUUAAAAAAAUAUCUCCCUAAAAUUUGUAAAAAUAAUAUUAAAAUUCGAUGAAAGCUAUUUAUUUAAACUUUCUUUAAUCAUUUAUUAAGACUUUGGCUUCUUAUUUUUUCCAAAUCUUGGCAGAAAGCAAAAUGAGUGGAAAAGAUUUCAGACAAGAUUUACAUAGUCUACUGUGAAAUUUUAUAUCUAUUAUGCAAAAUAAAUUAUCCAUUAAGAUAAAUAAAUAUAUUAAUAAUAAUCAUCAUUGAAUAUCUAACAUUUAUAAACAUUGUAAGAGAAAAUUACUUUAUCUAGAAAAUUUAGUUUAUAUCUGUUUCAAGUAAUAUUGGUAUAUUAUGUAACUCAGUUUAGAAAUAUUAUGUCAUGUGAUUAUCUGGAAUGACAGAUGGAUCUCCAUAUAGCUUUUUAUAAAAAUAAUUACUGAGAUGUUAUAAAUGAAGUGCUUAUGACAAAAUUUAUUGUUGUCACAAUUAUCAGUACAAUUAAUAGCUAAAUUUCACUUAUUCUUUCCUGUAUAAAAUAAAAUGGCCAUAUUAUGCCAAUCAAUUGAGAUUCCUUCUAAACAACUUCUACUAGUAAAGUAAUUCUAUCUACUAGUUAAAGUAAUCAUAUUUCACGUUUUGUU